GUUACUGUCACCAUCCUGCUCGCUUGGCCCUAAGUCCCUCGGGACUACAUCAAUUCGAUCUGUGCACCGUGUGGUUGGCGUUAGGGCUGUCGGCUCGCGCUCCGCUCCUGCUGCCUAUAUGCUCAGUUCCGCCCUGCAGCGCACCAGCUGCGGUCUGAACUUUGGCCGGCGCGUUAGCAGCUCGGGCCUAGCCGCGAGGGUCCUUCAUCCGUCUUCUUCCAUCGCCAUGGGCAACCGCGGCUCUAAGCAGCAGGUGGAUGGUCGCCGCCAGAGCGUGCGCGGCAGGGCCACGGCCACAGCGGUGCCUAAGGACACCAAGAAGGCCUAUGAGAUGCUGUGCGAGCGGCUGAAGGAGCUGAGCGCGCUGGGCGGCAUCAGCGGCCUGCUGGGCUGGGACGAGAUGGUGAUGAUGCCCGCCGGCGCCGCCAACAGCCGCGGUGCCCAGAAGUCGGCGCUGGCGGGAGUCAUGUACGACAAGAAGACCGACCCCACGCUGGGUGCGCUGCUGGAGACGCUCCGGGCCGCCCCCGCCGGCGCGCUGGACCCGGUGGCGGCGGCGGUGGUGCGGGACGCGUCCAAGGACUACGUCAAGGCCACCGCGCUGCCCAAGGAGCUGGCCCAGCGCAUUGCUCGCCUGGAGACCGACGCGUACCCGGCGUGGGUGAAGGCCAAGCAGGCCAGUGACUUCUCCAUCUUCGCGCCCUUCCUCAAGGAGUGGGUGGAGGUCAACAAGGAGAAGGCGCGCCUGAUCGACCCCUCCGCGCCCGCCUACGACGUGCUACUGGACGACUUUGAGAAGGGCCUCACCAGCGCCCGCCUGGACGCCGUGUUCGCACAGGCUCGCGAGGGGCUGGUCCCCCUCAUCGCCGCCAUCAAGAGCCGCGGCGCCAAGCUGGACGACUCCUGGACGCACGGCGAGUUUGACGUGGAGGCGCAGGCGGCCCUGUGCAAGAAGGGGGCGGAGGCGCAGGCGGCCCUGUGCAAGAAGGUGUGGGCAGGGGGGGAGGCGCAGGCGGCCCUGUGCAAGAAGAUCGCCCUGGAUCUGGGUUUCGACACGGAGCACGGGCGGCUGGACGUGUCCGUGCACCCCUUCACCGGCGGCGCCCACCCCACCGAUGUGCGCAUGACCACCCGCUUCAAGAAGGAGGAUGUGAUGGAGGGAAUCACGGGCGCCAUCCACGAGACCGGCCACGCGCUGUACGAGCAGGGCCGCAACCUUGAGUACGACGGCCUGCCUGUCAACUCGGCCCUGUCCAUGGGUGUGCACGAGUCGCAGUCGCUGCUGUGGGAGCGCAUGGUGGGCCUCAGCAAGCCCUUCGCGGCCUACCUACUGCCGCUGCUCAAGGAGCGCUUCCCCGCCACUUUCGGCUCCGCCACCCCCCAGCAGCUGUACGAGGCGGAGAACACCAUCCGCGAGCCCAGCCUCAUCCGAGUGGAGUCGGACGAGGUGACCUACCCGCUGCACAUCAUCCUGCGCUACGAGCUGGAGCGCGGCCUCAUGGACGGCUCCGUGCAAGUGGACGACAUCCCGCGCCUGUGGAACGAGAAGAUGCAGUCCUACCUGGGCGCCACUCCUCCCAGUGACGCCAAGGGCUGUCUGCAGGACGUGCACUGGAGCGCAGGGCUGUUCGGAUACUUCCCCACCUACACGCUGGGCGCCAUGUACGCCACCCAGAUCUACGCCGCCGCCGCCAAGGACAUCCCUGGGCUGGAGGACAAGAUCAAGGCCGGAGACUUCGCGCCGCUCAAGUCCUGGCUCAACGUCAAGAUCCACAAGCUGGGCUCGCUGCACGCCAGCGGCGACGAGCUCAUGACGGCGGUGACCGGCGGGCCGCUGGAUCCGUCCGUGUUCCUGACCUACCUCAAGAACAAGUACACCGAGCUGUACAAGCUGUGAGCGGCAGGAGGAGGCAGGAGGAGGAGUAUUGGGUUUGGAGAUGAGUGCUGUGCGGAGGAGCAGGAGGAGGAGGAGGAGGGGAAGGAUUAUCGGGUUUGGAAGGAGCUGUACAGAGGAAGAAGGGGAUAGGUGUGGAGGUUGAUGCUGUGAGGGAUCAUGUGAAGGAUAAGUGCGCGGUGAUGUGACGAUGGCGUUAAGAGCAGGGGAGGUGCGGGCGUGCGGGAGAGGUGGUGGCCGCAGCAGAUGUGGCGGCAGAAGUGGAUCGGCGGAUUGAGGCAAAAGAGCAUGGGCAUGUGAACGUGCAUGCUAAAAUCAGACGCCGCCGCAGCAGUGGCAAUGAUUAUGCUACCGGUAUGAAGACUUGAAGAGGGCACAAGGGAAGGCAACACGUGCGACUACUGCUGUGUACCGUGUGCGAUGUGCGGGAAGUACGUUCGGUGAAUGGUAGGUGGCAGAGCAGUGCGCGUGUGAGUGGUGCAGAGCAGUGUGUGAGCUGACAGUGCGUGAUGAGCUGUCCAGCACACGAGCUGCUGAACGCGUUUUGGCCCCACGCGGUCACAAGGUCAUGCUCGCCUUGCUUUGCUGUUGUCAUUAUCCGAGGUCACAUGCUAUUGUCAUAAUGCGAGGACGUACGCAUUGGUACGGCAUUGCGCCUCCCCCGGUAACAAAAGCCACAAGCGCCCCCGCCACGCCACCGGCGGGCGGCCGGCCAGAGCGCCGGAGGAGGGCGCCGCAGCAGCACAGCUGACAACGAGGGCUGACACGGCCCCGCAACGAGUAAGCCACAGGGCAUUAACACUGGCGUGGCGGCGAGACAACGCGGCCGGUGCGACCAGAGGCAAGUUGUGCGUGAGGGGCUGCCUCUUCAGUAAAUGAGUAGUGGGAGCAGUACGGUACGGUACCAAUU